GCGCAUCUAGGCUCUGUUCCACUUUUUUUCUUCUCUUCCCACACCAAGGGCAAUUUCCUUUUCUGAAAUCCCAAUUCCUCUCUCCUCCUCCCACUCACGAUCCAUUGACAACUACCGGAAACCAUGGGUGGCUUUUACAUGCAGUACCUAGAGAGCCUCUGCCGGCGCCGAGGAUGGACAGACCCCUCGUACGAGUGUUACCGUGAUCCCAAUGGCUUUACUUGCCUUGUCCUGGUCAACGGACGCGAGUACCAGACCGACUUGGCGUAUGAGUCUGAUUUGCUGGCUCAAGAGAACGCAGCCAUGCGCGCGUUCAUGGUUUGCCGCAACUUUUCCGUCAACGGCGGCAUGCUUGCCCGCAAUGGUAUUGUCCAAGGGCUCCCGGCCAAUGCUGAUACCCGCCGCAAGAGCCGCCCUACAUCCUCUAGAGACAGCAACGAACGUCACGGUCGUCGCUCUGGCACUCACUCGAGCAGCAGUUCCACUGCCUCCUUUGAAUAGACUGGGCACUCGAUAACUGGACCGGAUUCGGAGUUUCACGGCGCUGUUUACCCCCAAAAUUUUUGAACGUUCCCUCCCUCUUGGUUUUGGCUUGGACCUUCAAAGGCAGCCAUGGCGCAUAUAUACACGUGGUUGAAAGGCUUCACGGCAAUCCUUUAGAGGAUAUAACCAUCAC